AGGAGGUGCCGGGGGGCGCGAUCCUGCGUGCCAAGCGACAUGCAAACUGCUCUAGAAGAGAUCGAUGGAACAGGGCGGAGAAAUCCAGGAGUUUCGAGAAGUGAAGCGAAAGUUCAGAGGGAUGAUCUUAAGCGCCAGCGGAAUCGGAGUCGGUUCUGCGGCAGACAGGGGUCGAAGGCAGGGCCUCUCAAUCCCGCCGGCUCAUUGGAAUCGUCUGGGGGCACCUGCAAAAUCCAGAGGACCAGGCCGCACCUCAGACCAGUUCUACGGGAAUGCCUGGGCUGGAUCCAGGCCUCUGUCUUGCUUCAACUCCCCGUGAUUCCGGUGCGCAGCCGGGACGGGAACCAGACAUCCAAGCGUGGCUGCCGAAAGAGGCUGAAAGAUUCCAGAACAAAUUUGGAAAUUGAAGAUUUAAAAGGACAAUGUUUUAAAAAUACUCCGAUCGAAUUCAAAGAAUGAUGCGAGAAACUUAAAAAGGGCUGCACUGAGAGCCAGGCACCCUGGAGGGCUGCCUCUGGAUCCCGAUUGCCCUCCUGCCAGGAAGCCACAUGCAGCCAAAGAUGAAUUUGGGUAAAGUAGCAGCUUGCUACUUUAGCCAUGGAAACGUGGCACCGAGGUGAGAUGGAUGCAGUCCCCGCACAUUCUCGCUCUCAUAGUAAGUGGUUGAAAAUCUACCGUGAACUUCUGGUCACUCACAUCCGCAAUACUCAGUGCCUAUUGGACAACUUGCUGAAGAAUGACUACUUCUCGGUUGAGGACGCGGAGAUUGUGUGCGCCUGCACCACGCAGCCCGACAAGGUUCGCAAAAUUCUGGACCUGGUACAGAGCAAGGGUGAGGAAGUUUCUGAGUUCUUCAUCUACAUCCUACAGCAACUCGAAGAUGCUUACGUGGACCUCAAGCCUUGGUUGUUGGAGAUGGGCUUCUCUCCUUCCCGGCUCAUUCAGAGUAAAACUAUUGUCAACACUGACCCAGUGAGCAGGUACACCCAGAAGCUGCGACACCAACUGGGCCGGGACUCCAAGUUCAUCCUCUGCUAUGCACAGAAGGAGGAGCUGCUGCUGGAGGAGAUGUACAUGGACACCAUUGUGGAGCUGGUCAGCUUCAGCAAUGAGAGCCUGGGCAGCCUGGACAGCCUGGCCUGCCUCUUGGACCACAGCGUGGGCAUUCUCAAUGAGCAGGGUGAGACCAUCUUCGUCUUUGGUGACGCGGGUGUGGGCAAGUCCAUGCUGCUCCAGCGGCUGCAGAGCCUGUGGGCGACAAGCCAGUUGGACACAGGGCUCAAGUUCUUCUUCCACUUCCGUUGCCGCAUGUUCAGCUGCUUCAAGGAGAGCGAUGUGCUGUGUCUGCAGGACUUGCUCUUCAAGCACAAUUGCUACCCGGAGCAGGACCCUGAGGAGGUGUUUGCCUUCCUGCUGCGCUUUCCCCACACAGCCCUCUUCACGUUUGAUGGCCUGGACGAGCUCCACUCGGACUUUGACCUGAGCAGCGUGCCUGACACCUGCUCCCCCUGGGAUCCCGUGCACCCGCUGGUCCUGCUGGCUAACUUACUUAGCGGGAAGCUGCUUAAGGGGGCCAGCAAGGUGCUCACAGCCCGCACCGGCAUUGAGAUCCCACGCCAGCUCCUUCGGAAGAAGGUGCACCUGCGGGGCUUCUCCCCCAGCCACCUGAGGGCCUACACCAGGAAGAUGUUCCCUGAUCGGGCCCUGCAGAACCGCCUGUUGGACCAGUUGGAAGCCAACCCCAACCUCUUCAGCCUGUGUGCCGUGCCCCUCUUUUGCUGGAUCAUCUUGCGAUGCUUUCAGCACUUCCACAGUACGUUCGACAGCUCCCUGCAGCUGCCCAACUGCACCAUGACACUCACCGACAUCUUCCUGCUGGUCACUGAGGUCCACCUGAACAGGACACAGCCCACCAGCCUGGUGCAGCGGAACACCCGGAGCCAGACGGAGACCUUUCGCGCUGGCCGGGCCACCCUGCACUCACUGGGGCGUGCAGCCCACUGGGGCAUGGAGAAGAACCUCUUUGUCUUCAGCCAGGAGGAGGUGCAGGCCUCUGAGAUCCAGGAGAAAGACCUGCAGCUGGGUUUCCUGCGGGCUGUGCCAGAGCUGGGCCUCAAACAGGACCAGCCAUCCUAUGAGUUUUUCCACAUCACCCUCCAGGCCUUCUUGGCCGCCUUUUUCCUUGUGGUGGACAACAAGGUGGGCACCCAGGAUCUGCUCAAGUUCUUCCAGGAGUGGGUGCCCCAUGGGGAGUCAGCAGUGGUAUCCUGCUAUCCCCCGCUCCAGUGCCUGGGGAGCAGUGGUCUGGCAAGGGAAGAUCUCUUCAAGAAAAAGGAUCACUUUCAGUUCACCAACCUCUUCCUGUGUGGGCUCUUGUCCAAAGCCAAAAGGAAACUCCUGCAGCACCUGGUGCCUGCUGCAAUCCUGAGGAGGAAACGCAAGGCCUUGUGGGCAUACCUGUUGGUCAGCCUGCGGUCCUACCUGAGGAGCCUGCCCCGAGUCCGGUCUGGGGGCUUCAACCAAGUACAGGCCAUGCCCACCUUCAUCUGGAUGGCGCGCUGCAUCUAUGAGACACAGAGUGAGAAAGUGGGGCAGCUGGCGGCCAGGGGCAUCUGCGCCAACUACCUCAAACUGACCUACUGCAACGCCUACUCGGCUGACUGCAGCGCCCUCUCCUUCAUUCUCCACCACUUCCGCAAGCAGCUCGCCCUCGACCUGGACAACAACAACCUCAAUGACUAUGGGGUGCGGGAACUGCAGCCCUGCUUCAGCCGCCUCACUGUCAUCAGACUUAGCGUAAACCAGAUCACCGAUAGUGGGGUAAAGGUGCUUUAUGAAGAACUGACCAAAUACAAAAUUCUAACAUUCCUAGGCUUAUACAACAACCAGAUCACUGAUGUUGGUGCUAGAUAUGUGGCCAGAAUCCUAGAUGAAUGCAAAAGUCUCACGCACCUCAAACUAGGAGCAAACAAAAUAACAAGCGAAGGUGGGAAGUGUCUCGCCCUGGCUGUGAAGAACAGUAAAUCAAUCUUUGAUAUCGGGAUGUGGGGCAACAAAAUCGGUGAUGAAGGAGCCAAGGCCUUUGCAGAGGCUCUGAGGAACCACCCCAGCUUGACUGACCUGAGUCUUGCAUUCAACGGCAUCUCUGCAGAAGGAGGAAAGAGCCUUGCACAAGCCCUGCAGCAGAACACAACUCUAAGAAUAUUCUGGCUCACCAAAAAUGAACUCAAUGACGAAGCAGCAGAGAGCUUGGCAGAAAUGUUAAAAGUUAACCAGACAUUGAAACAUUUAUGGCUGAUCCAGAACCAAAUCACAGCCAAGGGGAUCGCCCACCUGGCAGAUGCACUACAGAAAAACACUGGCAUAAUGGAGAUUUGCCUAAAUGGGAACUUGGUAAAGCCAGAAGAGAUCAAAGUCUUUGAAGAUGAGAAGAGGAUUGUCUUUUUCUGAGCAGACACUUUACUGUGUGUGGGUCUCAGCCUAGGAGGCCGUUGUGGAGGAGACAGAACUCCAGGCACCUGCCUAGUGUUGAGCAUCUGGACGGGUCUGCUGAGUCGGGGCUGCCCCAGCGCACUGCCUUUGUGAUGCAAAGCAGCCUCCAUGUGGACACUCUGAUUGGCAAACUCCAAGGAGCUAUUACAAUUUUUCAGGAAAAAUGCCCAGAAAGUGUGUCUUUAACUACUGUAAAUAUAUUAUGAAGAUAUGUUCAUAUGUGUUCAUGAUUUUUAUCAAAUACAUUAUUUUAUCAGAAACUAGAAGGAUAAGACUUGAGCUCAUGCCAACACCUGCUCUAAGGACCCCUGGGUGUGGAUUGGACACUGUGGUCUCCAGUGAAGUGUUGAGGACAUGGUGCCAAGUUAGUGCCCUGGCUUCUUCAAGAAAAGGAGCCCGACGAACAAGUAUCUUACCUGAAACAUUCUCUUCCUCCUCAGUACCUGCUCAUGUGUUGAUAUUAUUUCUACUUCACUGUAGAUACCGAGUUGUUUACAAUGUGAAGAUUUGACUUAUUCAAGGUUUUGUAGCGAGUUGGUGCCAAGAAAAGGGCUAGUCACAGGCUUUUAGUUCUUGUGUUUCACACCUGCAGAUAAAGUUCACUUGAAGCCCUUUGAGCCGGUCUAAGAGAAAGGACAAUGCUUUCCAAAUGGUGAAAGGCGUUCACAUAAUUAGGCUGACCUCUUCUGAAAGAAAAAUACUACGGGCAAAGGUGUUCUGCCCCGGGAGACAAAUCAAGGCCUGUCCUCUGAAAGGAGUAAGGCGUAGCUUGCCUUUGUGGUCCUGGCAUCCAAACAGACUCUGUCUUCUUGUCCUCUUCUUGCCCAACUAGUUGAGAGGGUGACUGAGCUAGAGCCAAGACUCAGGUUGCUGCUGAGAAGCUGGAUAGCUUGUCAGAUGCUUAUAGACAUGGGGGACACUAAAUGGGGGUUUGGGGUGGUGAUAAAAGCAGAUAACUUGUUCUUUUGCCAGUUGGUUUGUUAAUAAAAUGCUGAAACAUUCUAAAUGGUUGAAUCUGGGAUUUCUUAAAAGGCACUAGGCCUGGUAAGCAUGCUGUGAACCCCAAGCCCCAGGCCUGACUCCCUCAGAUGCACGCCCUGUAUUAGGUGGUAAGAGGAGAACCUAAUGGAGUGAGGGCAGAGGCUACUACAACAGUUUGAUCCUUUGAAGGCCUUUUUACUGGCCAAGUGAUCAAAUGAAGCCAACGCAGUAUGGAGCCCACUCCAUCUGAUCUCCAAAUCCAAAUAGGUAGCACCUCAGAGGAAAUGAUUUGUGAGCCAGUGGUGAAUGACAUCAGGAUACAUUGGCAAGGG